AUGAAGCUGGAGGUGCUGGGGGUAAGACCAGGCAGCGUCAUCUGGAGCCGGAGCCUGGCCCCAGUUCCAGGUCACCAGCUACACACACACCAGGACCUCUUCAAGAGGAGCGGGCCCCGAUACUGGAGGAGAGGGGACAGUCAGGCAGCACCCCUGAGCCUGGCAGAGCACAUGAGGCAAGGAGAAGGAGGCAAGGAGAAGGAGGCAAGGAGAAGGAGGCAAGGAGAAGGAGGCAAGGAGAAGGAGGCAAGGAGAAGGAGGCAAGGAGAAGGAGGCAAGGAGAAGGAGGCAAGGAGAAGGAGGCAAGGAGAAGGAGGCAAGGAGAAGGAGGCAAGGAGAAGGAGGCAAGGAGAAGGAGGCAAGGAGAAGGAGGCAAGGAGAAGGAGGCAAGGAGAAGGAGGCAAGGAGAAGGAGGCAAGGAGAAGGAGGCAAGGAGAAGGAGGCAAGGAGAAGGAGGCAAGGAGAAGGAGGCAAGGAGAAGGAGGCAAGGAGAAGGAGGCAAGGAGAAGGAGGCAAGGAGAAGGAGGCAAGGAGAAGGAGGCAAGGAGAAGGAGGCAAGGAGAAGGAGGCAAGGAGAAGGAGGCAAGGAGAAGGAGGCAAGGAGAAGGAGGCAAGGAGAAGGAGGCAAGGAGAAGGAGGCAAGGAGAAGGAGGCAAGGAGAAGGAGGCAAGGAGAAGGAGGCAAGGAGAAGGAGGCAAGGAGAAGGAGGCAAGGAGAAGGAGGCAAGGAGAAGGAGGCAAGGAGAAGGAGGCAAGGAGAAGGAGGCAAGGAGAAGGAGGCAAGGAGAAGGAGGCAAGGAGAAGGAGGCAAGGAGAAGGAGGCAAGGAGAAGGAGGCAAGGAGAAGGAGGCAAGGAGAAGGAGGCAAGGAGAAGGAGGCAAGGAGAAGGAGGCAAGGAGAAGGAGGCAAGGAGAAGGAGGCAAGGAGAAGGAGGCAAGGAGAAGGAGGCAAGGAGAAGGAGGCAAGGAGAAGGAGGCAAGGAGAAGGAGGCAAGGAGAAGGAGGCAAGGAGAAGGAGGCAAGGAGAAGGAGGCAAGGAGAAGGAGGCAAGGAGAAGGAGGCAAGGAGAAGGAGGCAAGGAGAAGGAGGCAAGGAGAAGAAGGCAAGGAGAAGAAGGCAAGGAGAAGAAGGCAAGGAGAAGAAGGCAAGGAGAAGAAGGCAAGGAGAAGAAGGCAAGGAGAAGAAGCUGCCACUGCUCUUCAUGCCGUCUAUCACUUCCACUCGCCGCCCUUUCUGACGAUCGUAGUGAGUACGAUGGGGGCGGUUUUAGUAUGACCCACCAGCGUUGCUUGAGGACCAUUCCUGGGACACCUCUAAAGUGCUCACGGUAUGAUUUUGCGGGGGUGGCGUCCAGUUAG